GGCAAGUACAACAAUACACCCACAAAAAUGGGAGAUGGAGAUGAGAAAAAUAACAGAGGUGAACCAAGAGGCUUUUGGACACUUGAUAGUUAUUCCUCCAAGGUUUUUAUCUAUGAAUUAACUAUUAUUUAUGUUUUCAUUAAUGUUAAUACCAGGAUUAGGCCCAUGAUUUAUGUUAACGUCUUUCAAUGUAGAUAUUGGUCAAGAUCAAGAUUCACCAUCACAACUGAAUAUUGUAUUGAUUCAUACGAGGACUAAGCACAUCAUUACCAUGUUGGAGGACAUCCGGGUUUACAGAAUGAAGAGAUGGGCAACAAAUAGGGAUAGUUUUGGCAUUACGAGUUUGGAGAAGCCCCCAAGUUCAAUUCGAUUCAAAAUUUCAAUUUGCGGAGAUCUUCUUCGAUGGAUCGCCGGAAAAGCAGCGGGAAAACGACAGCGUCGAAAGCCUCAACCGUGGAAGCGUCACCUUCAAUCUCAGUUUCUGAGGCUUUUAUAGUAAACGCGUUGUGCGUCCUUAGUCUGGCCUUCGCAUUUUGGGCCGCCAACACUGUCUUCUCCAUCAACCUCGUUUCUCAUCCUUCUCUCACACUCUUCCUCAUCUCGAUUGCAGAGCUCCCGAUCGUGAUCCUUCUAUACAGUCGAUAUCGACAAAAUCCCCAACAAUGCUCGUACCUAAGAGCUGUUGGAAGAGGUGUUCUUGGGGUGCCUGUAGGUGAGUCUAAACUUCUUUUUUCCCUUUUUGAUGAUGCAUUUUUCAACUUCAGGCUUAGUAUAGUAAGUUGUUAAUAACGAACAUAUGGCAGCUUGUGACUCACCACAUACAUAACACAUAGACAACAAUUUUUUUUUAAACAAAUUAAAAAUAAAAAAUAAAUAAAAUUAUAAAUUAGUACCUGACAUAUAAUCUAAGGCUGUUGAUAAAGUAAUAACGAAAAUAAUCUAUUUGAAUUAAUUUUAAAAAAUUAAAAUUAAGGUUUUAUUCUUAGAAGAAAAUAGUUUUAAAAUUGUUAGUUGAUGGUGGUGAGUGGUUAACUCUGAAAUGAAGACUUUGAAAUUGGAAUAUUGCAUAACAACCGACAAAGGCAUGAGUUUAACUUUUACUUUAAUAGGUAAAUUGAAAAAAUAAUAACUAAUAAUAAUUAAUUGGCGUAAUUAGAUGUUAAUGAUGAUGAUUGGGAUUUGUUUAAUAAUUAGUGUAAGAGCAUAUGCCAAAACAAUGCAUUUCUGACUGACUAAGAACUUUCCACCUGUCUCGGUCAACCCACUAACGAAAAUUAACAAUAAAUUCAUCAAAAUUAUUUAUUUACUUUCUUAACAACAUUUCUCUAUUAUUCUUA